GGAUUGAGUAUCUGUUUUUGUCGUCCCACUGCAACAGAAGACAGAAGCAACGUGGAGGUGGGUCAUUUUAAAGGAAGCCCCUACAUGAUGUCCAGUACACUGUGUGGUAGGACCAGACUAGUAACAUAUCUGCCUGGGCUUCAUGUACUAACAAGACGGAUCACAGGAUCUAGGGCUUUCUCAACUGCUGGAUCUUCUAGGGCUUUCUCAACUGCUGGAUCUUCUGGCUCUGAUGAACCCCAUGUAUCAGUGCCACCACCUGAUACUGGUCCAAGGACAGUUUGGCCUGAUGAAAAAAUGGGUCCCUUUGGUCCACAAGAUGAGCGGUUCCAAUUACCUGGAAAUGUGGGAUUUGACUGUCAUUUUAGUGGAACAACUGCACAACAAAUAGUCCUAACUCACAGGAAGCUUCCAGAUGUCUUGACGGAGCCUUCUGCAGGAGAGAGACAUGAAUUUGUGCUGGCACAGUUUGUUCAUGAAUUUCAGGGCACUGAAGCAUCUCCUCAGCCACAGCAAGUCAGUAGUGCCGAACAGUACUUUGAAAAUGCAAAAAUUGAAUGUGCAAUUCAGUCUUGUCCAGAGCUGCUACGAAAAGAUUUUGUGUCCAUGUUUACAGAUGCACCAUCUAAUGGCCUUACAGUACUUACUGUAACUCAGAAAACAAAGAAUGACAUGACCGUGUGGAGUGAGGAAGUUGAAGAAGAGAGGGAUCUACUUCUAGAAAAAUUUAUUAAUGGUGCCAAAGAAAUUUGUUAUGCAAUACGUGCAGAAGGCUACUGGGCUGAUUUCAUUGAUCCUUCUUCAGGUCUGCCUUUUUUUGGAUCGUAUACAAACAACACACUGUUUGAAACAGAUGAACGCUAUCACCACUUAGGAUUCCACAUUGAGGACCUUGGAUGCUGCAAAGUAAUAAGACACCAUCUCUGGGGAACCCAUGUGUUCGUAGGAAGUCUUUUCACAAAUGCCCCAACAGACAGCCUUAUAAUGAAGAAAUUACAAGGGAACUAAUUGCUGUAGUAAAGUAAAUUUCAAAUUACCUCAUGAAGAAUAUGAAAACAAUUGGGACCUGGAUUUUACUAAUGUAGUAUAUUUGUUGUAAAGAAAUACCUUCAUUCUACAAUAAAGCAUCUUCUACUCAUUGCUGUUGGCACAUUCAGCAAAGGACUGUGGUGCUGUUUUAACUAAACUUGAGAGUUUUAAUGUGCUUCACCUAUUCCAUUUGGAUCCUACAGGUUCUUUUUUUUGCUUUAUUGUAGUGUGACCCUUGCAUUUUGAUCAGAUGUAAAUUCAGCACAAUUAAUAAAUAUUUAUUUUAAAGUUAUAUUGUAAGGCAUGGAUACUGUUAAUAAAAAUCUGUAAGCAGUAAUGCAUUAAUAAAAUAUUAUUUGGAAAUCCUUUUAA